GCUCCGGCGGUGUUGGGCCGCUAUCCGCCUCUACUUCAGCCAGCCCGAGGCCGACAGGUCCAAGGACGAUGAUCCAGACGAGGCGGGACCUCGCGAUGCAGACUCCUACUUGGACAGAUUGUUCACGCUUUGCCUGGCGUAUGCUAUGGCAGGUACGAUGGCAGUACCUGCCGCCCCGGCGGCUAUAGAGGAGGCCAGCCUCGGGGCAGACUCGACCCUGUUUGUGGCUGUUCCGGUGGAUGUCGUCAUGAUGUAUUGGUUUCGAGCCAAGCGCACCGCCGCCUUGGUCACAGCGGCCCACAGGUUACCUUGGCUCCAGGCGCGCGACCAGGAGGAGCGUACCGAAUGGGUGGCUCGAUUCCGGGACUCUCAGAAAACCCUCGGGCAAGUCAUUAAGGAGGUCUAUGUUGCCCGCGACCCACAUUGGAUCCCCGUCUCCUCGAACACUUUCGCGGGGAGCUCCGGCCAGCAGCAAGCCCCACCUCCCCCAGCGAAAGUCGAGUCCCUUUUCCAGAUCCUGAGCUCCGUUGCGGGGAAGAAGGUGGCGGCACGCAUGAAAGACGGCAAGCAGCUUUGCGCCGACUUCCAGCGGGGUAAGUGCAACAAGAAGGAUUGCGCGUCCGGCGCGCACCUCUGUGGUGUAGUGAUCAGGCAUGAGCGC